UUUACGUGGGCGUAUACACCAUGGAUUUCAAAGGUGUGCGACACACGCGUAUUAUUUUCAUCCACCUGGUCAAAGCCAUGGAAUAGCCAUAACUGUAACGAUAAGCAUAAACAUACGGUACGUACGAGUAACGAACACUCAUGUAUUAGAACAGCAUUGACAACACUACGGGCACGAUGGAGACGCACGAUUCCACCUGUCUUUCUAUAAUCGCAUAGUAGUUCGCUCGUGUUUACGGUGUGGGUAGGGAUACAAGAAAGUCGCUUAUUUUGUUUUGACCGAUGAUGUAUCUUCGCGUAUUUCACUCUCCGCCUGACCAUGGACAAGGUCAGGGUCGAGGUUUUCAGCGGUCGCUGCUGCGGCGGUGAGCGAUUAUUUUUCUUUCUCUUUUCAUCGGCACACAAACGAACGAAAAAUGUAGCCAUGAUAUCCGAGGCUGUAGCGUGCGGCGAUCCAAUACGAUCGGGAAGACGACACGACGCGUCGCGCCGUACACGUAGGCGUGAACGCAUAAAAUAUACGCGGACGAUACCUCACGUGGAUUAUUCCUGAUGCCAGAUUCAAUGGUAAAAAAAUUGUCAAAAGUCAUUGAACAACGUUGGAUGAAACAUCGGGAAUGUUUUGCGCCGUGACUGGAAGGGGUCAGAGGAGAGGGAGAGGGAGAGGAGAUUGUUGAGGGAACUCGACUACGUGUGUUGUUACUAUAAAUUUAAAAAGGACGCAUAAUCAGGAGGAUUCGAUCGGGAAUGGAAUUACAGUUCGAUGACUUCCAGACUACUCGAACUGAAAAGUCUUUGGCUGGUGCGUUGCGAAUUUUUUUCGACGGUACUGAAAGUACGUGAAUGCGCGGUGCACUGUGAGCAUGUUAAGGGCAAUGAUUGACCUUUCUGGAGGGAGCAGAGGCCUUUUGGGGCAACGGCCCUUGGUGAUGGUGCCACGGUGGGUUGAUAUAGCUGCUGCUGCUGCUGCUACUGCUGCUGCUGCUCCUGCUGGUAUAGAGUAGGGGAAGAGGGCGAGAACACGUUAUUGAGCGAGCAAUUCGCACAAAGCGCAGACGAGGGCAACCACCCCUGCACCGCGCUACUGCUGUCUGCAGGCUCUCUCUCCUCUCCUCUCUACUUUCUCUCCGCUUCCCCUUUUUGCCUCUAUCUCUUUCUAUCUUUCUCUCUCGUCUCUCCCCGCCAUCUUGUACCCCUCGUUACCCCGUGGCACGUGCCUGAUGUAUACCUAUGUAUAUCUAUCGCUUCGAUGCCCCCGGGCAACCCCUUGAUCUGGAAAUCCUCAAUCUAGUAUUUCGUCUUCCAUUAUGUCUUCGAAUUUUUGUGAAUCGUGAGAGAGGCUGAACACGGCGCUUCUAUUCCGAUUCUGAGAUACCCCUCGUAUCGCGAUGCGGGCAUCAUUAUUAUUAUCAUUGUGAUAUCAGAUUCGUAUGAUCGGUCGGUUUUUCUUAUUCAUUCUCCUCUGUACGGAUAACGUGAGACUUACAUGAGAUUGUAGCGUUUGCGAAUCGUGAAGUUAUCAUAAUGAUAGGAGGAUCUAGGAAUUGGUGUCUUCCGCACUCAUAUCAUUGAAAUUAUAGUACCUGUGGGGUAGCAAGACAUGCGUGUUAAAGAGUCUUUGGAAAUUGUUAAAUAUUUAUUUUGAUUUGUCUUUUUUUGUUUCACCGACUAUCAUCAAUUCUUACGGUAGAUAAUUGUAGCUUCUGUUUCCUAAUAAUACGGCAGAAAAUUAUUGAGGAAAAAGGCGGAGAAAGGAGGAGGGCUGUUAUCGAUUUUCUCCACGGUGAGAAGAGUUGAUGAGGAGCUUUUCUCGACCGCAUCACCCGGUUCGCAGGCUUCAUGCGGCGAAGGCAACAACCGAAACCCACCCGCGGCCAAAAUGAUGCAAUAUACAUAACCAUGAUGAGUUAUGCGCCACGACUGUACCGUAGUCUAACGUCCCAAAUCUAAUUCCGCGAUGCACAUGCCCCACAUUUAUCAAAAGUCUAAUAAUAAUGUUGAAUUAAGAUCCCUACUAAUUCCAUGAUCCUCCUGACACAGGUAGAACUAGAAUAUUUUACAAUGCUGCUGUUAUUCUUGCGGCGAGAAGACGAGAGGCAAAGUACCUUGAACAGGUGCAAAAGGAUUGAAACCUUUUGUAAGUUUUUCAAAAGCGUAUCAAUCCGGUUAAUCAUUAUCGAUUAAGGGUUGACCUUGUUCAAGGAUACGGGAUCAUAAUUUUUUAUUCUUCCGAGCCGCGCCGGCCGGCUUUGCGGCGAAAGUAGAGGAGAAAAUCAUCGUCAGGUGACACUACCUUCAGGAAUCGAUGACCCCGCGAGGUCGGUCAGCGGUUUCAAUUGUGGCGGCAUCUCGCGUAGUGUUUACGAUUUCAACAUGAUUUCAAACAUCGACACAUCUUGGCUGGAAUUGGCAAACCUAACCCAAAAAUCUUACGGUACCCUGCGGUGUCAUAAGGGGGAAUAAGUUCAGUGAUUAUAAUCUUCGUUAUUACAGCGAUAAAUAAGAAAUACGACCCAUUGGAUUAGUAAACUAUUUUUAUUUCAAAGUUUAAAAUAAGAUAGAAGAAAUGGCUGACAAAAAAUCGGCUGAUAAAGAAACCGAAAAACCGAUCGUAGCAAAAUCGGCAGUUGAUUUGCAGAGAUUAAAGCUCAUGAAGCUGAUGAAAAAUCCUGAUAAACCAAUUCUGUUACCCGAAAGACCGAAAUCCAAAAACACCCCUACGGUACCAGAAUUUGUUCGGAAUGUAAUGGGAAGUAGCGCAGGUGCAGGGAGCGGAGAAUUUCACGUCUACAGACAUCUGCGCCGCAAGGAAUAUUCAAGACAGAAAUUCAUCAAAGAGAAAGGAAAGAAGGAACUAUUAGACGAAGAAUACCACAGAAAGUUGGAGGAAAAUAAACAAGCAGCAGAUCAAGCAACAGCGAAAAAACGAGCCAAAAGAUUGAAGAGAAAACAGAAGCAAAAGCAACAACAAAAUAAAAAGUCAAAGCAAAUCAAAUCUGAAAACAGUCGGAGUGAUUGCACCGAUACUUCAGAUGAGGAGAAGGAUGCCGAGGAAAACACUGAAUUAAAAAGUGACGAACCAGCAGAGGCUCAUAAUUCGCUCAGCACUGAUACCACUGUAGGUAACAACAGCAACAACGGUAGUGAGUCCAAAAAAAAUUCAAGCACAGAUGAACCCCAGAACAACAGCAAUGAGGAUAGUGAGAAUGAUGUCAAGAGCAGCAAUACAUGAUGAUGAAUGUGUAAGUUUUAUUUUUAUACAUUACAUGAAUUAUUCACAAACUAUUCUCGAUUCAACAUCUAAAGCCUGGACUGAAUUAUUCUUCGAAAUUCUGAGUUAUGGCUGAGUGAGGGUAUUGGUUGUGUUGCACAAUAAAAUCCGUAUGUACAUAAAA